GGUACGUCAUAUCCUGGCGUUUACAGGCUUUUGGUGGGAAAAUGUGUGCACCUUCACGCACAUUUAACUCAUAAUCAAAAUCUAUAGUGUGAAUUUUCUGUAACAGCGGAGUAACGGAUAUAUGCCGUGCAUAUAACGCUGUGAACAAAUUACGCGGUACAGCCCUUUAGGUGUGCUAAAGUCACCAAAAUCAUUAGGGAGAGUUGCCUAUUGUUUGUUAGCAUGCUAACAUGUUAGUCAUCGGUUUAUCUGACCAAUAAGAAAUUAAACUUUCAGGAUUAAAUCACUUCCAGUGGAGAGAAAUUGGAUGUGUCUUAUGACUUGUUAGCUGUUUGCGAUCGCUUCGUGGGGAGGCACGCGCCCGUUUGGUUUAUGUGACUGAUCAGUGGACUAAUCGAUCAGCUUUUAGCCUGACGAUCAUCAGUAACAACAACGAUAUGCCAGAAAUCAAACUCAAGCACGUCGUGUCGUGCAGCACCGAGGACUCUACGCACAAGGCAGACAACCUGCUGAGCUCUGACACGUACAGAAAGUGGAAAGCAGCCAGACCCGGGGAGAAGCAGAUAUCAGUCAUUCUGCAGUUUGAAAAGGAAGAGCAAGUGCACAGCAUUGAUAUUGGAAAUGAAGGUUCAGCUUUCAUUGAGGUGUUGGUGGGAAAUUCUUCAGCUGUCAGAGAUCAAGACUAUGAGGUUCUCCUGGUUACGUCUUCCUUCAUGUCCCCCACGGAGAGCCGCAGUGGCACCAACAUGAACCGUGUGCGUUUCUUUGCGCCCAACCAGCUGCAAAAGAGCACAGCUCAGGAGAAGUGGGACAGAGUGAAAAUUGUGUGUAGCCAGCCAUACAGCAAGAAUAUUGCAUAUGGGCUUGCCUUUGUUAAGUUUCAUUCGCCACCUGACAAAAACGAUCCUCCUCCAACUUCCUCCCCAAAACUGACAAAGCUGGGACAGUUCAGGGUGAAAGAUGAGUCUCCUUCAUCCGGGCCCAGCCUUCAACCUGGCAGUCUCUUCUUCAGUCGAGAGAACGCAACAAAGUCCAGCACUUCACUCAAAGCGUCUCCUCAGAGUGAGAAGAUAAGCUACGCUGCCGCCGCUCUGCAAGCAAGCGGCAGCUCCCACUCAUCAGGCCAGGCCUCGUCUUCCACCUCUGCCUCACCACAGCCACCAGCAAAAAGAAAAUUUGAAUUCAGCAAAGAGCGACAAUCUGCCCCCGGCCCUCCUCCCUCGAAGAAAAAAAGUCCAUCUGGUUCACCCGAGGGUAAAGCUGCAACCCCCAAACACAAGCCGAGUUCAGUCAGUACACCCAGCCCAAGCACGGCCAAAGCAUCACCAGUUCAGAAGGCUGCUGACAAGAAGAGGGAGAGUGAGUCUAAACCUGAGCCUAAAACUAAACAGAAGGCAAAAUCCCAGAAAGAGCAGCAGGUCCCAUUCACCCGCCUCAUGGAGGGGGUGGUGUUUGUCCUCAGUGGAUUUCAGAACCCCUUCAGAGGGGAGCUGAGGGAAAAAGCGCUGGAAAUGGGAGCCAAGUAUCGACCCGAUUGGACGCCUGACGCCACACAUCUUAUCUGUGCCUUCGCUAACACCCCCAAGUACAGCCAGGUGAAAUCAGCGGGUGGAAUCAUCGUACGCAAGGAUUGGGUGCUGGAUUGCCACAAGAGGAAGCAGAAAAUCUCCUGCAAAAGGUAUCUGAUGGAUGGACCCGAAUCGAGCUCAGAGAGUGAAAUGGAAGUGGACGACGAGAGUGAAGAGGAAAUGAACACAAAGACGCCGCAGAAGAAGGAGAAACAAGUCACGGCCAAAAAGACACCAGAGAAGAAGGAGGAAGAUGAUGAGUAUGCUGGCUCCACUGAUGUGGAUGAACCAGGAGGCGAUGAUGAUGAAUCUGCAGUGGACACAGAGGAUGAGCUGCAGAGGGUGGAAGAGGAGAGAAAACAGAAGAAAGCAGCAACAGAAGGAACGGUGGUGAAGGACGAGGAUCCGUACGGGGGGUCGACGGAUGAAAACACAGACGCUGAAGCUGAAGAGGAUCAUCCCAUCCCCGAGCUCCCAGAUUUCCUAAGCGGAAAGCACUUUUUCCUCUACGGUAAAUUCCCCAACAAUGACAGACGACUGCUGUUACGAUACAUUGUUGCCUUUAAUGGAGUGAUCGAGGACUAUAUGACAGAGAAGGUGCAGUUCGUGGUGACCAGUGAAGGGUGGCACGACUCCUUUGAAGACGCGCUGAUGGAGAACACCAAUCUGAAUUUUGUCAAACCGGAAUGGAUUUAUGCAAUCAGUGCACGACAAAAGAUGCUGCCCUAUCAGCCCUACACCGUCGUCCCCUGAACUAUACACUGUAUGCAGCGUGCGGCCGCACUCACACCCCUCAUCCUGAUGAAGGAGCAGCAGGGAAAGCCAUAAACACAUUUUCCGUUUCAGAUAAACAGCUACACUUUCAUAGAGCAAUAAGUCAACUGUUUGUUAUUAUCGAUGCCUUUAUAUUGGACUUCAUAUUUGAUAUACAUAUAAUUUCUCCACCUCUCUGCAAAUGUUUUCAGCUUUCGGCCAAGCUCUGCAGACUGUCCACUACAUAGUGUUUCUUUCUUGAGGUUAUUGUUAGGAUUAAGUAUAGGUUUAUUUUUAGAUUGCGCUCUCGAGGGUCGUUAGCCCCAGCUUGGCCAGGAACCAAUUUCAUCAUCUCCACCAUCAUCAUCAUCAUCCAUGUGCUGCUGAGUCUCUUGGGCUUUGUGAAUGAAGCACACACUCUGGCUCAGGACUUGUUUGAAUUUCUCACUUCCUGUGCUGCAGUUUGUUGCUGCUCGCUUCGGCUACCUCAGGCACUGUCUGGAAAUGAGUUAUCACCCUGUCCUGACAGCCAGCAGCACUGAUAAUACACCAUUUGUGUAAGUGGGAAGACUAUUAUGAAAACGACCCAAAGUCAGGUGAAAGAUGUCAGUUAUGGAAGGUUACAGCCAUGGAAAAAAAGAAGAAACUGAACAUUUUUGUUCUUCGUUUUAUUUGAUUUAUUUAAAAAAGGGAUAAAAUUAUUAAUUUCUUUGUCUUGAUAAAUGAGUUUUGGAUUUGGUUUUAUUCGUGUUUGUAGAAGAAGCAUAGGCUGAGGACAUAAAACAGACAUCAGUGUUGGCGUCCUUUUUAAGAUUCUCAUUCAUUCACGUGCAAGAGUCCAGCUUAACAUCUCCUUUGCUGCUUGGCCAAAGUGGCUUGUUCAGUUCUCUGUCUCAAACUUUUUUUUCCUUGUAAUACCUAAUUAUUUUGUCUAAAUAAAAAAAAAAAAAGAUUUUUAAUUAAAAACUUUGCUCUUUUCUUUUUAUUAAUCAAACUGUCUCUGCACUGAGCUGCUCUCAUUUCUUCCUCUGUCUUCACUUGUGUUUGCAGUGCGAGAGGCACUCUUCCUUUUCAUUCCUUCUGUGAUCUCUAGUCCUCUCUCCUCUCUAAUUUACUUCUCCUCCUGUUUUGUGCCCUGGAGCCACUGGGUCUUCUGCUCUCUCAGUCAAGGGGAUUAGAAAGAUGUUAUGUGCAUGAGAGAUGGGGGAAGGAGUGGUGGUUAUAGGGGAGAGACACUGCAGGAAAGAUGAAAAGGUUUGGAUUCUCAGCAAGGAUGCGUUUUUUUUAAAGUGGCCAACUAUUGGAUUGUCUUCUCAUACAGUUCUUGUCUAAGGUGGAGUCACACACAUACCACCAAGUGUGAAGCAUAGCAGGGACGCUUGCAACAACUUUGUUGCAGGAACUUAUUUGUUUCUUGUGAAAGAAAGAGUUGCAAGGUCAAAUCCAUUUAGGUCUCGAAGCGGUGAAAUUUACGGUAGCAAGUGGCGUCGACUGAAUACUUGUCACAUUUCACUUGAAAGGCUGUCUCUGAGACAGCGGGAAGGAUUGGCUGCUUUUAAACCGUCAAAUUUGACAGGUGGACUUUGUUAAAUAGCGGUUUCCACCUUACUCUUGUCACCUUGAUUUCUUCCUGGCAAAUUCAUUUAUUCCCAUGAGCAUUUUUAUAUCUCUUGUGAAUCUUGGCAAUGACUUUUCCUGACAAAAACUUUUCUCUCUGGCUCGCCAAAUAUUUUGCUUAACUCUGUAUACCUAGUCCUCUUUAUCUGUGCCAUGCAGUACUGGAUUAAGGUGAUGGAUGUUUUUCCUCUAAAUAUUAUAA